AUGAUCGUUAAAAAAUAAUCAAUGAUCAUAAUUUAAUCACAGUAAUUACUAUUAAUAUUAUAGAAUAUUAGUCAGUCUGAAUAGAUAUUGCAAAGUCAACUCAAACCGUCAACCAUAGUGGAUUGAUGUACUUAAUUAGAUUGAGGAAGAAAAAUUUGCAAGGCUUAUUCUGUCUCAUUGGCUACUUAUAAAGAAGAAUUUUUGUGGCUUUCAAAAUUUUCCUACUAAAGAAUCUCAGUGUUGGAGCAAAGUUGAUUAUGAGCAAAGUUGA